UGGAACGUAAACAUUGGAACAGGUGGGAGGGAAGAACCGAAAGGAAAACAAGACGUAUUGUCACUACGCAUAACGGAUUUUAGGCGACAGACUAGUUACGAAAAUCUUAAAAUUCGGUGGGAUUUUAUUGUUUUUUUGCUUAUAGUCAUCGAUCGUUUCGGACUGUUGUUUCUGUUUACUGUAUUUUGAAAAAGGUGAUUGGCUUGUGGGUUGUAAUAACAGGUGCAGCAGUCGAGUAUUACUUGGAAAUGUUAUGAGAGGCACCGUGGGCAGUGGGGCAGUUCGACUGAUGUGACGAACGAUGGCGGAGGGUGCGGAGGCCGCCCAAGCAGGCCGGUGCAGCCGGCAGGUGUACCGGAGCCAAGCCCACUCACAGGGUGUGCUGACCGGACUGCUGUCACUCAGGGAUGCGGGCGCCCUGUUUGACGUCACGCUUCUGGUGGAUGGGCAGCCUAUCCAGGCCCAUCGGCUACUGCUGGCGGCUUCCUGUGACUACUUCAGAGGCAUGUUUGCUGGAGGACUACGGGAGAUGCAUGAGCCGGAAGUGCCCGUGCUUGGGGUAUCGUACGCAGCCAUGACCAAACUUCUGGACUUCAUCUACACUGCCGAGCUUCAGCUUGACCUGGACAGCGUGCAGGAGGUCCUUUGUGCAGCUAGCCUGCUACAGAUUCAGGAGGUUAUUGGCUUCUGCUGUGACUUCCUCUUCUCCUGGUUGGAUGAUGACAACAUCCUGGAGGUGUACAAGCUGGCUGACAUGUACAAUCUGGAGCAGCUGGGGGCCAGGGUGCACUCUUACCUCCUGAAGAACAUCCAGACCUUUUCCCGGACGUCCGUCUACCGCCAGCUCCCUUCAGAGAAGGUCUUCGGUGUGCUCUCCAGUGACGACCUUGAGGUCGACUCUGAGAACGAGGUGUACGAGGCAGCUCUGCACUACCAUUACAGCCCUGAGCAGGUGGAGACGGACCAGGUGUGCUUACAGGACCCACUUCCGAUGCUAGAGGCGGUGCGCUUCUGCCUGAUGGAACGUCCAGUGCUGCAGCGCCUCCACGAGCGACUGAGGAACUGCGUACUGCGGGAGCGCGUGGCGGCGGCGCUGCGCUACCAUGCGCAGGAGCUGUGGCAGCCCGUCCUGCAGGGGGCGCUAACCCAGCCGCGCUCCCGCUCACAUUGCGUCCUGGGCUUCGGUGGCAUGUAUUCGCCAGAUUCCGUCGCCCACGGCGAUGAGCUCCAGGUCUUCCAUCCAUCCUGGGGCGAGUGGAGGACCCUGGCCGCCCCUCAGGCUCCCCGCAUGUCUAACCAGGGCAUCGCUGUGCUCAACAACUUUGUCUAUCUUAUCGGUGGGGACAAGAACACCAGCAGUUUCCGUGCUGAGACUCGUUGCUGGAGGUACGACCCCCGUCACAACAGCUGGUGCAUCAUCAAGCCACUGCAGCAGCAGCACGCAGACCACUGCGUCUGCGUGGAGGGGGGGUACAUUUACGCCAUAGGAGGACGUGACUACAGCACCGAGCUGGACUGCGUGGAGCGCUAUAGCCCCAGCACCAACACCUGGGAGUACGUGGCUGGCCUCCGGCGAGAGGUGUACGCGCACGCAGGGGCCGUGGUGGACGGGAAGAUCUAUAUCACAUGUGGCCGCCGCAGGCUGUCCUACCUCAAGGAGACGUACUGUUACGACCCCCAGGCCAACAACUGGACAAGCCGCGCCGAGGGCCCCGUGGAGAGGGCAUGGCACGGCAUGGCAGCUGUGGGAGGGCGGGCGUAUGUCAUCGGGGGCAGCAAUGAUGAGCGAGGCUAUCGCCGUGAUGUCCUCAAGGUGGCAUGCUACAACGCAAACGCGGACAGCUGGUCGUUGGUGAGCCCGCUGCCAGCAGGGCACGGGGAGCCGGGCAUCGCGGUGCUGGAUGGCUGCAUCUACGUGUUGGGAGGCCGCUCGCAUGACAAAGGCAGCCGCAUGAAGCACGUGCACCUGUAUGAGCCCUCGACCGACCACUGGGAGAGCGGUACUGCCUUCGAGGAGCGUGUGUCGGGCCUGGCCGCCUGCGAGCUGCUGGUGCCUCGCUCCACCCUGGCCCAGGCCCGUGGCUGGGGGCAGCGUGCCAAGGCAUCGUGGGAAGACCCAGACUUUGACAAUUCCGACGACUCCAGUGAUGACUGAUGUGGUGUUGCGCCAGUGGACGGAGACUCGAGUGCUCGUGCUUCAGCCAUAAGUAAUGAGGGGCUGUCAUGGGAAGGUCCAGGCAGCUCAGGCAGUACAGCUUGCAGGGGGAAGUUUGUUACAUUGCAUUAAAAGAUAUUAUUAUAAUUAUUACAGCACAGACAUUAUAGCCCAUAAUUUUAUUAUUAUACCAUGUAAAUCCAUGUCCCUACUGCUGUUUCGUUUCAGAAGAUUGAUACUACUUAAGGAAACACUGGCUUCGUACAAAAGUCCCAGCAAAUGCACCAAAAAACAGGGGCUGCUGCCUUUCCCUGUGCCCUCUCCCGUUAGUGGUAAGGCAGGCCGGAAGCUGGCACAGAUCUCCCGCAUGCUGACCUCUCUGGAUCUUGCAAGGCCCAAACCCACAUCUGCCUCGCUCCUGCUUCUUGGCUUGCUCUCUAUCUUCUUUUCAGCAUGUCCUUUUCCCCUUUCUUUUUUUUUGAGGAAAUCUCUCCCUGCUUGUCUCUUCCAGGCUGUGUGCCCAUCCCUCUAUGUUCAAAGCCAGGCUCGGUCCUGGGGGAGGAUGAGGUUGUUUGUGUCGGGUUGGGGGAAAUCAAGGAAACUUCUAGAAAGGCCAAGACAUCGUCAUUGGUGCAGGUUUUGAGAAUUUCUCAGAAAAUCCGCUUUGCCGUUGAUGUGGGGACGGCCACCUACACAACGUCUUACACAAAUAAGGGAUGAUGCCAAAGGGCCCUUGUGUCAAAGUACUGGAAAGGGGGGGGGGGGGGGGGGGGGUCGGAGUAGAAUCGGUGCUUUUGUGGGAUUUUCCAAAGCAAGCACUUGGGGAAGAAAAAUGUAGUCUACAACGCUCAGAUCUUUAGAUGUUAUCCUUCUGCAUUAGAUUCUGCAGAGCUGUGGUACUAGUUGUAGUCAACUUGGGUGGGGAGGGAGGGCUGGAAUCAGUUUAUUGAGCUGUCAUAGAUAGAAUACUGCUGAGUCACUUCAUCAGCAAAGUUCUGACUGCUCCAGCCGAAAGCAGCUGCAAUUAACACCACUGACAACUAACUGGAUGACAUGACCUUCCGCGGCAGAGCUGUAAGUGCUGUUUGUUGGUUCCCUAUAUAUUCCCUGUCCCUGGAGUCACCAUGGGCCUUCCGACUCCGGCAGGAUGUGGCUCUAGAACAGGCAGCUAUGGGCAGAUAGGGAUUGAGGAUUUGAUGUACAUUUUAUGAAUGGUUUUUCAUUUAUUUUCUCGUGCCUUAUUUUCAGAGUUGUUCCCCAGAAUGCCACACUUCAAAGUUUUCAUGUUACAGUAUAUACACUUUGACUUUUCUUAACGUCAGUUUGCCACAGGUGAGGCAUAGUUAAAUUGCUGCGUUCCGUUGCAUUUUCUGUGCACCGAUGGCAACCCCGCACAGGCGUUAAAUGAACUCCCGGGAUCGUCUAGACCCAGCCAAAUCUGAGGCGGCUAACCUCACGAAAUGGCAGGCUAGCUCCAGUCAGCUGUGGCUACCGUGCAGCCGGCGAUGAUAUAGAGUGGCCUUCAGCAGUCUGCUCUUUUGUGAGUCUGAGCAUCUGUGUUUGGAGAGUGAACUGGUCUCGUGGAUGGUGGGUGGACGUGGGUGACCCACGAGAGCACUGAUAGGGCUGUGUACAGGUUAAGGAACCACAUUUAAUUUGAUCUCCCAAGCCACUCAUCUAUUUUCACAUAAAAGCUAUAGGGAAUCUGAAAUCUAGGUCAUUGUGGCCUACUUUUUUUUUUUUUUUUUCGGUCUAUCCCAGGCUGCCCUACAGCCUCCCAUCCCCACACAUCCAAAGCAGUCUCCAGUUGAACUAGAAGCUUAAUCUUCCAGAACUUUUCCUGUUUCACAAGCAGCUGUUGAGGGCACAGCAACAUCACAUUAGCCAUUCACUGUGAAUGGCUUUAUUUUAUUGUUUUUGAUGGCUAGGGGUUCUCAUUGCAGCCUUUCAAUCCCCCUCUUUGAAGGCCUUUAUUUCUUUCAACUUUAAAAUUGCUUUUAUACAAGUCCUGCCCUGAAAAUGCAUUUUAUAUCAGGUAAAAAAUUAAACGUUAUUGAUUUUAUGUCUCAAAUUGUCAAUGUUGAUUUUUGAAAUGAGGCUGUUAAUAAAGAAGGUUGAUUAUCUGAUAGGCAAUUGCCUGCCCUCAUCCACAGAUCAAAAUCUGAAAUGGAAAAAAACAACAAAAAAAAAACACUGUGCUUAAGUUGCUUUGCUUACUUUUACACCGUUUAUUAAUGUUUUAAAUAAUAAAAAGGUUUAUCCUACUGCAAAUUGCA